GUCAAGGAUUGCCUCAAGUAAAAAAAAUUUCCCUCAACUAUUCAGAAACAUGGCACCCAGCACUGCUGCUUUAUCAAAUCACCAUAAGAUAACUACAAAAGAAAAAAACAAGGUAAAUCAAAGAUCGCUAUAGAUUUUAGAUAAUAUAUACAAGAUAGAUCAAUCGAUAGAUUAAUAGAUAGAUAGAUAGAUAGAUCAAUGGGUAGAUUAAUAGAUAGAUAAAUCGAUAGAUUAAUAGGUAGAUAGAUCAAUUAAUAGAUUGAUAGAUAGAUCAAUCGAUAGAUCAACCAAUAGAUUUAUAUAUAAAUAGAUAGAUAAAUAGAUAAGUAUUGAUAUAUGGUAUAGAUAGAUAUGUAGAUAGAUAGAUAGAUAGUGUUGAGAUGAUGGAUGGAUAGUGUUGAGAGGAUGGAUAGAUGGAUGGAUAGAUAGUGCAAAUAAAUAUUUAAACAUUGUAACGAUCUGGGCAGUUGUGCUCAAAUAUUUUUUAUAUGUUAAAUAAUUAUGGCUAUUUUUACUUUAUUGAAUCAUUGGAUUAAUGUGUCGAUCAUUGUUCUCCAGUUGAGAAAGCCAGCUGUGGAAAAGAUGCGCAGAGACCGGAUAAACAGCAGCAUCGAGCAACUAAAACUACUUCUAGAGAAAGAAUUCCACAAAGAACAGCCUAACGUCAAACUGGAGAAAGCAGACAUUCUGGAGAUGACCGUCACCUAUCUGAGGAAGCAACAGCUGCCAAAUUUUAAUAGUGAGUUCUUCAAUCUCAUUUCUCAGGCUUAGAUCUGCAAUAGAUAAUCUCCAAACGGUACAUAUCAACCUAACUUGGCCAGCAUUGAGAAAUAGAUCAAUCGGAAUAUCCGAGACACGUCUUCAGAAAUUCAAUAAUAAACUAGAUUUGCUUUGGUAUAUAGGAAGAAAUCAUGCUUUUCGUGAACGCCUAAGGGGAAGAAUAAAUAAAACACACAGUCUGAUUUAAUUAAAAUGUAGACUUGUGGAAUAUAAUUAGAUUAUUUAUAGAAUAUUAACUUUUAAUCAACCCUCUGGCAAUCAAAAUACUUCCUAUAUUUCCCCAGAAAUAAAUCUGACGGUCUGUCUUCUUCCCUAUGUCCAUCCUUUUGCCUACUCAUUUCCUAUUUUUCAAGUUUGUAGUUUGAGAAGUAGGGGUGUUCUUUGCACGUGUAUCCCUGUUCUAUUUAUUCCCUGUUUUAAUUGCCUAAAUUAAUUUCCUUUAUUUUAAUUUAUUCCAGAUUCAGUCCAUGUGAAGAGAGAACUACCAAUGGAUUUCAAAGAUGGGUAUUCACGAUGUUACAGUGAAGUCCUCGAUUUCCUGUCUGUCCAUCAAAAGCAUCAGGCAGCUGAACUCAAACUGAUCAACUGUUGCAAGUCAACAGAGGCUGCGUGUAUCUCAUCACCAGUUACAAUGAAAUGCAGCGAAGAAAAGCAAGCAGACCUCAGCAUAAACGACACUAUUUGGAGGCCGUGGUAGAAAAUAGUCUGCAAUUUAAUGACAUUUACUUGUGAAAUCCAGAGGACACUGAGAUGUAUCAGUUAUUGUCCUCUCAUUUUGUAGGAAAUAUUUUCCUGUACCUCUCAUCUUAGAGGUUUAUUACUUGUUGAGAAAAUGGAGUGCAGCCAUGUGGACUAAGAGUCUUAGCUUGGCUGAUAACCAGCAUUCCAUUUUAAAAGUAUUGUAUGUUGCAACAUUUGUAGCACAUUGGAUGUUAAAGGAUUUAUCUUUCUUUAAGAAAUAUAUAUGAUAUAUUUCUUGAUAAGAUAAAAAAAAAAAUGUGAUUAUUAUGUGUCUCUAUUUCUCGCUAUUUUUGUUGCAGUUUCUUCGCCACCUUUCCGAUUAUUUUUAGUGGGCUGUUUUUGUCAAUGAGGGAGAUUUACCAAAGUGUUCUGUUCUAAAAAGUGUCGGAAAAUGUUAAAGGAGACGAGUAACCGAUGGAAUUUUCCUACCGGAACAACUGGUUUCCAUGGUGAUUGCCCCACUUUUAGAAAAAAACAUUUUUGAUAAAUCUCCUCCGUCCAGUCAAAUAACAAUAUUAACUUCACUAACUAAAAAAAUAACUGUGAAACAAAAUGUACCGGAUGCUUUAAAAAAAUACUUAACUGAAUUUGUAGUAACAUUUUAAGGGAUGUAAUGCAUAUUUUAUAUAGUGGCACUUCAAGGCUAGGUAUUUCUGUAAAGAAUUACAUGUUUAAAUAGUAGAUUUAAAACAAGAUUUAACCUCUGAGGUGCCAGAAGUCCAGAAACACAUCCCAAGUAAUUGAGGAGGCAAAGAGGACAAAUGUUCUUUCUUUUAAGAUAGUCAUAUUGUAACAAGAAUAUUCAAGACUAUGGAUGUAAAAAGUUUCCCAGGUCUGGGUACCAUGUCUCCCUAAUUUUAACCCUACAUCUUAAAACAUUGUAAGUGUUUACAUUGCAGGGUUUAACCCCUUAAGGACACAUGACAUGUGUGACAUGUCAUGAUUCCCUUUUAUUCCAGAAGUUUGGUCCUUAAGGGGUUAAAUGCCUCUAGUAGCUGUCACUCAAACAGCCACUAGAGGCACUUACAAGGAAAUAGCAGAGUAAAACUCUGCUAUUUCAAUCAGAUGGUCUCUGAGAGACCAUCUGUUUGGCGCAGCACAGCAUUUUGCAGAACUUGCGCACUAGCCUCCCAAUGCUUUCCUCUGGCAAAGAAUUAGAUUGCCUAAGAUCAUCGAUCUUAAUGAUCUCAACCAAGGAGGCAGGCCAGAAGGACCGAGACUGGCGCUACGAGGGAGAAAAAAGUAAAGUAAAACAUUUUUCUCCCUACAGGUGGGAGCCGGUCACCUAAACGACCCCCAAGGAACUAUAAUGUUAGGAAUACACGUUUGUAUAGAGUCCUUUAAGUUUGAAUUGCUAACUCGAUAACCAUGUUAGGCUGCAAGAUUCAUUUUUAUGUAAGACUUGAUAUCAGGCAGAUGGUGUAAGAACAGGAAAAAGGACAUUUGUAGUUUUUUUAUGUCAGCUGUAGAGAGUCUCCUAACUCGGGUUUCGUGGAAUAUUUCUACCGUUGUUCUAUUUGAAUAAAAUAGUUAAUUAUUGAUGCUUUACACUAAAGGAUGUAUAUGAAGUUACAGAGUGUUUUCUGUUACGGAAGGCAUGCUUACCUGUUUUUAUAAGUGCAAAAAAGUUUUGCUCGUGAAGUGCUCUUUUCGUUUAUGCAUAUUGUAUAUGCACAUUUUUAUCUUUCAUAUUUUCAAAAAUGAAAUCUAUUUUACAUAUUUUCUAAAAACUUGUGUGUUUAUUAUCAAGAGGUCAUCACUUUGAAGGUAACUUUUUAAAGCAAAAACAAAAAAACAAAAACUAUGCAGACUUUCACAUUAAAG